UGAGUUUUGAGUCGUUUGGAUCGAACAUUGUGAUUUUAUAGAAGUAUAAGCUCAAUUUUUCAAUUUUUCCAAAUUUUUUUAUUAUUUCAACUGAAAAUUCCUUCAAGUAAAUCAUGGACAAGUGGAUUGGCAAGAUCGCAGUCGUCACUGGAGCUUCGUCAGGCAUUGGAGCUGCCAUAGUCAAAGAUCUAGCUCAAAAUGGUUUAACUGUCAUUGGACUAGCUCGUCGCUCUGAAAAAAUCGAUGAAAUCGCAACUGAAAUGACGACAGCACCUGGAAAGAUUUAUUCCCACAAAUGUGACUUGGCUGACUUCAACUCCAUCAAAGAAACUUUCAAGUGGAUAGAAGAAAAGUUCCAAAAAAUACACAUUUUAGUCAAUAAUGCUGGAUUAGCUUGUAUUGGAACUGUCCUCAAUCCAAGUGACGAACAAACUGCCAAGCUGAAUGAAGUCAUUAAUGUCAACUUUACUGGGCUCGUCCAUACAACAAGAGAAGCUUUUAGACUCAUGCAAGCAGCUAAUGACUACGGAAUGAUUAUCAACAUCAGUUCCAUCGUCGAUUCAGUCAUUCCAUUCCCAUCAUCAUCAACUGUCUAUCCAGCAACGAAACAUGCAGUUCGUGCAUUAACUGAAAUUAUCAGACAGGAACUGAUUGUGGCUAACAAUGAUAAGAUUAAGGUUUCCAACCUUAGUCCAGGUGUUGUCAGAACUAACUUUGGACAUGCAGCAGGACGACCAAAUGCUGAAGAAUUUUACAAAACAAUGCCUGGAUUGGAGGGUGUGGAUAUAUCGCAAGGUGUGAUUUAUUUACUGAGCACUCCACAUAAUGUCAAUGUGACACAACUUACGAUUAAGCCUGUUGGUGAAAAGUUUUGAAUUUAAUCGAGUUUUUUUGUGUAAAAUAAAAUUUGGUUAAAGAUAUUUUUAAUAAAAUGGAGCAGGAGGGGGGGGGG